CUAGAACUCACCCACAAGAUGAUUGAGCUGCUGACUGGAGAGGUUCCUAUAAGGUGUCAGGAUGUCACUCUCUAUUUCUCCAUGGAGGAGUGGGAGUAUGUAGAAGGACACAAGGAUCUGUACAAGAACGUCAUGAUGGAGAACCAUCAGAACCUCACAUCACCAGGAAGAUCCAGUAAGAGAAGAACACCAGAGAGAUGUCCCAGUCCUCAUCCUCCACAGGAUCAUCAGCUUUUGAAUCCGAAGAAAGAUCUCAAUAAUAUUAAUGCUAAAGAAACAUAUGUGAGCCCCGAUAACCAGUGUAAGGAUGAAUCUCCUACAGAAGCAUAUGUGACAGGUGAUGACCGUUGUAAGGAGGAACCUUGUACAGAAACAUAUGAGAGCCGUGAUGACCAGUGUAAGGAGGAACUUUCUACGAAGACAUAUGUGAACAGUGAUGACCAGUGUAAGGAGGAACCUCCUACAGAAGCAUAUACGAGGAGUGAUGACCAGUGUAAGGAGGAACUUCCUACAUAUAACCACCCAGAUGACUGUAUCGGGAGCUCAGAGAGACCUCUGGUACCUUCAGAUUUUAAAGUAGAUGAUCGUGGUAUUACAGAAGACACAUAUGAAGAGUGUGCCAUUAUCUCAGAUGUACCCUCAGCCCUUCACAGCAAAGAUCUAUCAUCUGAUCCUUUUCAACAUCUUCUAUCUUCUGAUUCAUCACAGACUGUAAAUGAGAAUUAUAGUCAUAAAAUGGAUGUUGUAGGUCAACCAUCAGAUCUUGAGAGACAUCAGACAAGUCACACAAGAGAAAAGCCAUAUUCAUGUCCAGAAUGUGGGAAACGUUUUGACAAGAAAACAAGAUUUAUUGAACAUCAGAGAAGUCACACAGGAGAGAAGCCAUAUUCAUGCACAGAAUGUGGGAAAUGUUUUGCUCAUAAAUCAGGUAUGAUCAAACAUCAAAUACUUCACAGUGAAGAGAAGCCAUUUUCAUGUCCUGAAUGUGGAAAGUGUUUUAGCUUCAAGUCAUCUCUUACUGGACAUCAAAGAAGUCACACAGGAGAAACAUUUUCAUGCCCAGAAUGUGGGAAAUGUUACAAAUCUAAAUCCUCUCUUUCUAUGCAUCAAAAAAUUCACACAGGAGACCAACCAUUUUCAUGUUCACAAUGUGGGAAACGGUAUGCAGUGAAAUCCCUUCUUGCUCAACAUAUGAAGAGUCACGCAGAAGAGAAGCCAUAUUCAUGUUCAGAAUGUGGCAAAGGUUUUACUCAGAAAUCACAUCUUGUUGGACAUCUGAGAAUUCACACAGGGGAGAAGCCAUAUUCAUGUUCAGAAUGUGGGAAGUGUUUUGCUCAGAAAGUGAACGUCCUUGUACAUCAAAACACUCACACAGGAGUGAAGCCAUAUUCAUGUUCAGAAUGUGGGAAAUGUUUUACUCAGAAAUCAAGUUUUGUUACGCAUCAAAGAUUGCACACACUUAAAGAAAAACCUACAAUAAUUGGAGGCAAAAUAUUGGUAUAUCCUACCAGAAAAAAGGAACGCAAACAAUAGCACUCGAUGAUGAUGAAACAUAUACGAUUAGCAAUUAAAGUCUGGUAUCCAAACA